UGUCUAACGUCAGUGGGCUAGAAUUAAAAAAAAACACUAGCCUAUAUGAAGAAAUUGUUAUUGAAAUUAUAAAAAUCUAAAUAAAAUGAUUGAAAUAACAGCAAAACUAAUUCGAGCAGAUUCUGCCAUUUACGCAGCUGGUGAAAAAGUUGAAUGUCUUAUUGAAUUCACCAAUCGUAAUGAAGAAAAUGCCAACCAAACAUUCAAUGAUCAUUCCGAAAACCUUGCAUGGGCUUCAGUACAGAUCCACUGCUAUCGCAAAACUACAUUCUGUGCAAAUUCAGUUUCUGAUUUAACUGAAAUGAUUGGAAAGACUGCUCUAGAUGCAGUCACACAAACUCCUGGUGAGAUAAUUGUCGCCACAAAACCGAAGAUUUUAUUUUGUGAUCUUAAACUUCGACCAGCUGAGACUAAGAUUUAUUUUUUUAAUGAUUUCGUCCCGCGAGAAGGACCACCAACUUACCGUGGCCACGACAUCAAAUAUUUUUACAAAAUUACAAUUGCCACACAGAGGGUCAAGUCAAAGGUGCAAACAUUGACCGUUCCUAUACGAGUGUUGCCAAUACCAGUUAUUCCAAGACCAGAGGAGCUCGGCACAGAAACCAACGAAGAACUUACUCCAACAAAUCCAUUUCUAGAAAAAAGAGAAAUCACCGAAUUGGAAGUUUCUUGGCACCAUUUGAAGAAUGUCACAGCUCGCAGAUCACCAAAGUUCUUCCGAAUCACCAACAAACGUGGCUAUGUGGGACGCUUCUGCCUUUUCAAAACUGCCUACAAGCUUGGAGAAGACAUAGUAGGCAGCCUGGACUUUGCUAACUUUGAAGUGCGUUGUGUACAGUUUUCUGUGAAGUUGCAAUCUGAAGAGAUUCUUUUAAGAAAAACCAUUCCAACCAAAGACGAAAGCGAUACAGCUUCUGUAAACUCUUUGUCCGACCAUAGCAAUAGUAUAGCUUCUGUUGAAGGAUUAAAGUCGACGAUUAAUGACGAAGUAUCUGGAAAAUUCACAACCUAUGCAACCAGUCAUCAAGUUUGCUACUCGAUGUUGCAAACACAAAUUAUCAUUCCAAUUCCAUUGCAUGCGGCUCCGUCUUUUAGAACUGAUUUAGUUGAUGUUAGAUGGCGAUUGCAUUUUGAAUUUGUAAGUAGUACGAUGAUGGACAUUGGUAAGCCAAACGUGGAGAAUGGAGAAUUGACAGCACCACAGGAAAUUCCGGUGGAAACUAUGAUAUGGAAUUUGCCAGUGACUAUAUAUUCAGCAAAUCCUCUGCAGAUUUAUUCGCCAAGUCCAGCGUACAAUUUAUUAAUAAGAUAAGAUCCAACUAUAAAUUAUUUUUAAGUGUUAUAAUUUUGAAUUGUUUACUAAAUUAUUGUAAUGUUGGACGGAAAUGUUAUUAAUUUUUAAUAACAAAAAACUUGACUGUCCUAACGAAAUUUGUAAGAUUAAAGAAAUGGGAAAGUAUAACUUA